UGCCGCUGGCCCGGGGUGGCUCCGAGGGGACGCUGUGGGCACAGCCCAGCUCGGCAGCCGCACAGCUGCGGGCUCUGAGAGACCCCGGCUGGCUGGGGAUGAAAUAAGCGCUGCCGGAGCCGCUGCGUUCCCAGCGGAGCCCGAGCCGCUCCGGAACGGGAUGAGUCAGUUCUGAGAGGCUGCUCCGUGGCCUCGGUUGCGUCUGACCCAGCUCGGCACGGCUCAGAUGCUCUCCCCACUGUGCCAAGGAUCGGGUGGGCGGCAGGGAUGAAGCAGAAGUGAACGUGGGAUGCGGAGCUGCGGCUUCCCAGGAGCGGAACUCGCUGGAUGUUCUCAGGGUUGGAGAUCUCCACCACGCUGGUGAUGUUCAGCCCAUCCUCUGCCGUGACCCCGUGCACCUCCCCGCGGGUGCCCCAGGCCGUCCCCAUGGACCUGCGGAUCGGGCAGCGCGUGGUCAAGCCCCAGGACACGGCGCUGCUGGCCCUGAAGCAGCAGCAGCUGCAGCACCAGCUCUUCCUGGCCAGCCUGCACCAGCAGCAAGUGGAGCAGCUCGCCCACCAGCACGUCAGGGUGGCCAUGGAGUCCCCGCACCGCGAGGCUGAGCCGUGCCAGCAGGAGCAGGAGCUGCGGCAGAUCCUCAACAAGGACAAGAGCAAGCGGAGUGCCGUGGCCAGCACGGUGGUGAAGCAGAAGUUGGCCGAGGUCAUCCUGAAGAAGCAACAGGCGGCUCUGGAGAGGACCAGCAACCCCCCCGCUGCAGCCCUGCCCUACAGGUCUCUGGAGCCUCUGGAGCCCGAGGGUCCCUCCCCUGCCAUGCUCAGCACGUUUCUGUCCCCCGUGCCCAGCACUUCUCUCGACACCCCCGAGCAUUUUCCGCUGCGGAAAACAGCGUCUGAGCCCAACCUGAAGGUUCGGUGCAAGCCCAGGAAGUGCCUGGACCGGCGCAAGAACCCCCUGACCCGCAAGGAGAGCGCUCCCCCCUCGCUGAAGAGGCGCCCGCCCGACACCAUCGAUUCAUCCCCCAGUAGCAGCAGCACCCCCGUGUCAGGCUGCAGCUCUCCCAACGACAGCCUGCCCGCAGAGCACGCGGCGCUGCCUGCCGCCCCGGGUGUGGCCCACGAGACGCCCCUGGCCCAGCGGCUGAUGAUGCAGGAGAGCUCCCUGGCCCAGUUUGCCCUGCAGAGCGCGGCCUCGAUGCCGGCCAUCACCCUGGGCCUACCGGCCACCACCGGCACCAGGGGCGACGCCAAGCGCCGGGCGCUGCCCAGCCUGGCUCACCAGGUGCCGGUGCUCAACGGGCCGGUGCUCCCGGGCACGCACUCGCCCGUCUUCAUCCCGGCCAGCCUGGAACAGCACGAGGCCGGCAGCCCCCUGUCCCCGCGGCUGCAGCCCGUCAUCAUCCUCGAGCCCUCGGUCACCCACGCUCCGCUGGUGGCGGUGCCAGGCCUGGGGACCGUCCCCUUGUCCUUGGCGCCCUCCCUGGUGCCCGCGGAGCGCCUGGCCCUGCCGGGCCACCACAAGCCGCUGGGCAGGACCCGCUCGGAGCCGCUGCCGCCGAGCCCCAGGGCCGUGCAGCAGCACCUGCUCUUCCAGCAGCACCAGGCGCACUUCCUCAGGCAGCAGCCGCACCUGGGCAAGCGCAUGGCCAAGUCCAGCGAGAAGCCCCGGCUGCGGCAGAUCCCGUCCUCGGAGGACAUGGAGGCGGAGGGGACGCUCCCGGAGGCCGCGGCCGAGGCUGGGGACCCCACCCGAGCACGGGUGGAGCCCCCCCGGCCCGGCGGCAGCGCGAAGGAGCCCGAGAGGACGCAGAAGACGGGGCAGCCCCAGGAGGAGCUGGUCCUGCAGCAGGCCUUCCUGUGGGACUCCUUCCAGCGGGUGCAGCAGCAGCUCCUCAAGCGCCAGCCCUUGGCCGACCCCCCCAUGCUCCCCCCUGGCCACCGGCCCCUGUCCAGGGCUCAGUCGUCCCCGGCCACGGCCACCGUGUCCCUCCCUGCCCAGGACAACAAGGUGCUGGCCCUGCCCGUGCAGGAGCAGCCGCCCAAGCCACACUUCACCACAGGGCUGGUUUACGACUCCGUGAUGCUGAAGCACCAAUGCUCCUGCGGGGACAACAGCAACCACCCCGAGCACGCCGGGAGGAUCCAGAGCAUCUGGUCCCGGCUGCAGGAGCGGGGCCUGCGCAGCCGCUGCGAGUGCCUGCGGGGCCGCAAGGCCACCCUGGAGGAGCUGCAGUGCGUCCACAGCGAGCGUCACGUGCUCCUCUACGGCACCAACCCCCUCAACCGCCUCAAACUGGACAACAGCAAGCUGGCAGGGAUCCUGUCGCAGAGGACGUUUGUGAUGCUGCCCUGCGGAGGGGUGGGGGUGGACAGUGACACCAUCUGGAACGAGCUGCACUCGUCCAACGCAGCCCGCUGGGCCGCGGGCAGCGUCACUGAGCUGGCCUUCAAGGUGGCCACCAGGGAGCUGAAGAACGGCUUUGCCGUGGUGCGGCCGCCCGGACACCACGCGGAUCCUUCCACGGCCAUGGGGUUCUGCUUCUUUAACUCGGUGGCCAUUGCUGCCAGGCAACUGCAGCAGAAGGGGAAGCUCAGCAAGAUCCUCAUCGUGGACUGGGACGUUCACCACGGCAACGGGACCCAGCAGAUUUUCUACAGGGACCCCGAGGUUCUCUACAUCUCCCUGCACCGCCACGACGACGGCAACUUCUUCCCGGGCAGCGGCGCCGCCGACGAGGUGGGCGCUGGCCCUGGCGAGGGCUUCAACGUCAACGUGGCAUGGGCUGGAGGGCUCGACCCCCCCAUGGGGGACCCCGAGUAUCUGGCUGCCUUCAGGACCGUGGUGAUGCCCAUCGCCCACGAGUUCUGCCCCGACGUGGUGCUGGUGUCGGCCGGCUUCGACGCAGCCGAGGGCCACCCGCCCCCCCUGGGGGGCUACAAAGUCUCUGCCAAGUGUUUUGGCUACAUGACCAAGCAGCUGAUGAGCCUGGCAGGGGGGGCCGUGGUGCUGGCGCUGGAGGGGGGGCACGACCUCACGGCCAUUUGUGACGCGUCCGAGGCCUGCGUGUCUGCCCUGCUGGGCCACGAGCUGGAGCCGCUCCCUGAGGACAGCCUGAGGCAGAAGCCCAACGCCAAUGCUGUGCGCUCGCUGGAGGCCGUGAUCCAGGUCCAGAGUAAAUACUGGGUGGCCGUGCAGCGCUUCGCCUCCAAGCUGGGCUGCUCCUUCCUCGAGGCCCAGCACCACGAGGCCGACGAGGUGGAGACGGUCACGGCCCUGGCAUCCCUCUCGGUGGCCGUGAUGGUGGAGAAGAGGGCACAGGAGGAGCCAAUGGAGCAGGAGGAGCCCAUGAAUCAGUGACACUUGGGGACGGUCCCCAGGCGUGGCCAGAGCCCCCGAAGAUCCCGAUCCCCGUUCGUCCCCGUCGCUCCUGAGGCCCUGGGCGGGCCUGGACUCCUGGAAGGGACAUUCCCGCAUCCAACGGGACGGGACCACAGAAAGGCCCAAGCCCAAACCGUGGCUGCAGCCCCCCUCCCUCCCCAAUUUUGGGACCCCCCGAGUGGGGUGAAACCCCCCCAGCCCUGCGGCACUGACCCCCGAUCCCGGGACCCUCCUCAGCGGGAAGGGACGGACGUUGGGAUGGACACUCGGACCACCCUGGGGACGGCUCCCAGAGCCUGGGAGGAGCAUCCUGGGGUUUGCUCGGUGGGACUGGAUCUCUGCACCCUCUCCAGAGGUUCCCUGGCUCCCCUCGCCCUGCUGGACCACGGGGACAGAGCGGCAGUGAUGGGGCUGGGAGCUCGGGAGGGCUCGGAGCAUCCCCAGGAAGGUUUGGAGCACCCCAGGGAAGGUUUGUAUCUCCCCAAGGAAGGUUUGGAACCCCCCAAGGAAGGUCUGGAAUACCUCGAGGAAGGUUUGGGGCACCCCAAGGAAAGUUUGGAGCAUCCUGAGGAAGAUUUGGAGCCCCCUCCAAGGAAGGUUUGGAGCCCCCCGAGGAAGAUUUGGAGCCCCCCGAGGAAGGUUUGGGGCACCCCCAGCGAGGGCAGAGCGAGGCCAGGGCGCAGGCAGUGCCCGGGGGUCCCUCCUGCCCUUGCUGAUUUGCACUAUGGACCCUGCCAGCGCUAAUGUGAACCCAACUCCUCUUCCCGGGGGAAUUUUGGGAACCUUCCCCCUCUUCCCGAGGUGCCUCAAGCCCCUUCCAGCACCCCGAGGCCUGGGUGGGUGUGAGCCCCUCCCCAGCCUAGGCUCCCCAAUUCCCACUGGGAAUCCCAAAACCCCAUCCCGUCCCCAUCCCUGUCCUGGGGUGACAGGGGCACAUCCAGAGCCUCCAACCGGAGGGUUCCACCCCAAUUUCCCUUUUCCCAUUUCCCCAGAAGCCUUCCCUGCACCCCGAGGGUUUUCCCAGCAGGACCAGGCUCUGUCCCGGGGCUCUGGGGACAGAGGGCACACAGCCCUGGCUGAGCUGGGGGUGGGAACAGCUCCGGCCGUGGCGGCGGGAGGAGAUUUUGUAUAAAAAAACAAAAACAAAACAAAACAAAAA